GACGUCGGCCUCUGACGCCGCCGUUGCCCCCGGGGCCGGCUUCCUCCUGGGCCGCUCCCGCCGACCGUUGGGCGCCCGGCCGAAGUUCCUCCCUCAGGACCUCCCCCACCCCUCGAACCGCUCUGGCGGCGGCGACCCAUGUGGGGGUUCAGGUUCCUGCGGUCGCCGCAGCUGCUUCUCCUGCUGCCCCAGCUCGGAAUCGGAAUCGCGGCGUCCCGCUCUCAGGCCGGAACCAUGAACCUGGGCGGCAGCAGCAGCAGCAGCAGCAGCAGCAGCAGCAGCGGUGCGCUCUGCUCCGCCGCGGCCGAGGGGCGCCGGCAGCAGUGCCUGCAGCUGUCCACGGUUCCGGGAGCCGACCCGCAGCGCUGCAACGAGUUGCUCCUGCUGGCGGCGGCGGCAGCGGCUGCCGGGGAGGGACCGGAACGGCGGGACCUCUCUGGGGACCCGGCGAAGGAGGAGCCGCAACCGCCGCCCCAGCAUCACGUUCUCUAUUUUCCCGGGGAUGUGCAGAAUUACCAUGAAAUUAUGACUCGUCAUCCUGAGAAUUACCAGUGGGAAAAUUGGAGUCUAGAAAAUGUUGCCACCAUUUUAGCCCAUCGGUUCCCCAAUAGUUAUAUUUGGGUGAUAAAGUGUUCCCGAAUGCAUUUGCACAAAUUCAGCUGCUAUGACAAUUUUGUAAAAAGCAAUAUGUUUGGUGCUCCAGAACACAGUACUGACUUUGGAGCUUUUAAGCACCUUUAUAUGUUAUUAGUUAAUGCUUUUAACUUAAGUCAGAAGAGCUUGCUAUCAAAGAAGAAUAUGAAAGAUUUGAAUAAGGACUCCAAAGCAUCUAAUUGUAGAUCCAGUUCUUCUCAUACUACUAAUGGUUGCCAGGGAGAAAAAGAGAGGACCUGUGAAAAAUUUGAUGAGUCUGCGAUGAGCUUUUAUCCACCAUCACUAAACGGUGCUUCUUUCACUUUGAUUGGAUUCAGUAAAGGUUGUGUUGUUUUGAAUCAGUUGCUUUUUGAAUUGAAAGAAGCCAAGAAAGAGAAGAACAUAGAUACUUUUAUCAAAAGCAUAAAAACAAUGUACUGGCUGGAUGGCGGUCAUUCUGGAGGAAGCAAUACUUGGGUUACUCAUCCAGAAGUCUUGAAAGAAUUUGCACAAACAGGGAUAAUUGUUCAUACCCAUGUAACACCUUAUCAAGUACGUGACCCAAUGAGAUCUUGGAUUGGAAAGGAGCACAAGAAAUUUGUUCAGAUACUUGGAGAUUUUGGUAUGCAGGUGACUAGCCAAAUUCAUUUUGCCAACGAAGCUCCUUCCAUAGAGAAUCACUUCAGGGUUCAUGAAGUAUUUUGAGACUACAGUGUUAUUAAUGUACUUGUUCAGUGGAGGAGCAGAAGCACUUUUUGAGUGUUAUAAAUGCGGAUGAGAUGUAAUUCAUAGAUGCAUUGACAGGGUUUUUUUGAUGGGGGGUUGGGGGAAGGAAGCACACAUUCCUAAAAUAUGAGUGUAAUGUGCAAUAGUAUUCCUUGCUUGUGAAUGCGAAUAGUUUUUAAUUUGGACUGGGUUAGAAUUAGUUCAUUUGAAAUCUAAAAGGUGGUUUGUGAUAAUCCUACGAGGAGAUACAAGAUCCUUAAGAAUUAUAGUUAUGAUACAAUCCUUAUAAAAGGCGAUUAAGAUUGUUAUUGUUGGAACUAGUUUAUUUUCUGAGUAAUGUUUAAAACUAAUUUUGGUGAUACUCUAACAGUAAUUAGCUGUUUUGGCACUCAAAACUUUUGAGUAGAAACACUAUUUUUCUUCAAAGCGAAGGCACACUGAUAUUUUCCAUCGUUUUGCAAUAACUCUACCCUGCCUCUUAUGUUUAUAAACUCAUGGAGUUAUUCUUUAAUGUGCCACCAAGUCUUCUCUUGCAAGUCAAAAUGUAUUUGUUUCUAAAUAUCUAAGAACAUGCAGUAGUGUAAAGUUGGCUUUAAAAAAAUAUUGCACUUAAGCACCAUGGCUUAAUUUUUAAUUGACAAUUUUUGGAUAAGACAUUUUGGAGUUUCUUGAAUUUUGGCAAAAAAAGUUAUUUUGGAAAAUUGUUUUAAAUUGAACAUAAUUAUGUAUAUUGGGUAAAAAUAUAGUACAGAUUUAAAAUCAUUUCAUCAUAUCAGCCUUUUAAAAGAAAUCAACUUAGGUGAAAUAUUAAUAAUACUCUAUUUGAUAGUGCUGUAUUGAAAAGGAGACAGAUUCUGUAGGUCUAAGUCAGUGUUUCUCCUGAAGCAUGAGUUUGUCUGCCAAAUGAAAGCAGCUCUCUUUGGCCAAAAUGCAAAAUUGUAUUGCUAUAAGAAAAAUUAAAAGGGAAAGUUUGAAGACACAAAUGAUUUAAUUUUGGCUCAAAAACUGAAUUUGCUUAACACUGCUACAUAAUUUGGGUGAGGUUUCCUUCUGCCCAUUUUUCUUGACCUAGAUAAAUACAUUUUGAAAAACCAAGAUCUAAUGAAUGUCAACCAACAUUGAAACUUUGUGUGAUUACAGUAAAAGGUGAGCAGUCAUUUUAAAAAAUUGUUUAUUAAUAAUUAGCUUUUUCAGGUCAUGAAAUAACUAAGCAGAGAAGUAACAUGCUGCUUUCAGACUGAAAAAAAAAAAAAGACUGAAUCUUAAUAUCUUAAUAACCCAGAGGGCCUAAAAUUAUAAAAUAAUUAAAAUGUUAAUUUCUUGGUUUCUUCCCAGAAUUAUAUUUUAAUGACUCUAUAAAUACAUUCCAAAUAUUCAGACUUAUGAGAAAGGAAUUUUACUUACCAAAUGCUUAAAAAUAACAUCCUUUAAUUCUGUGAACUACAGAAUAGUUAUCUUUUAAUUUUUUUUUAAAGGAUGAAGUACAGUUUUAUAUUGCUUCAGUUUAAAUACCUGCUGUUUCUUUUGAGACCAAAUUCCCAACAAGGAAAUAAGUCAGCCUAAUUCUAGCAUUUUAUUUAUUACCUUGUCUUAAAGCACCAUGAUUGAUUGGGUGGCUUUUUUCAAUGUGUUUAAUAAUCCUUGGUUAAAUUUAUGUGUAUCUAAUGUAAAAUAGCUAAGUUACUGAAUGCUUUAAUGAGAGGAGAAGAAAAGGCAUUUAUUUUUACAGGAUUAACUAAAAUGGAAAAACUGUGGCUUUUUGCCAAAAGAGUUCAUUUAAAAAUCUGAGAUAUUUAAAAAUCUAGUCCUUGGAGCUCUCUAGUCUUGUGAAUGCUUAAUUGUAAUUGUUGUAUGUUAAAUGGAUAUUAAGAAUAAUUCACUAAACACCUGGAACUGUCCGUCAAAAUGAGACUGUUGAAAAGUAGAAAUAUUUUCUUGAAUGAAAAUAUAUUCAGGUUGAUCGUCAUUCAAAUAUUUUAAUACUUAAAAUUUGUUCUUUCUCCACAUUUGUUUAGAACUAUUAUAAAUGUUAGUGCAUCCUUUUGGAUUGUGCCUUUUUAUCUGUGUCAUGAAAGAGUCAACUGAGAAAAGUAGUCAUACAAAUAAUGUGACAGUUGUUACUGCCACAGCAUGAAUGUAUAAUUGUAUUAAAUUUAAUCCACAGAAGUCUGUUUGGAUGUAAUGUAUGUUAUUAGAUUUGUUAAAACUUCAGCUCAUUAUUUGGAAGGAAGCCGUUUCCAUUUUGCCAGUUUGGGUUUGCGUAUGUUUUCAGUAACCUCUGUGUUUUUUCAUACGAGCAACUUUGAACCUUUCCUGUAAAAAUACAUCUCUUCUCUCCUUUAAAUUGUUCCACAAAAUUUAGCAUUAUUUCCUUCUGGUGGGUUUCCUAAAGAACAAAAUCUCUCAAAAAUAAGUAAGUUCUUCCUUUUCUGUGCUAAUCAUCCCAGUAUCUGCAUUCCUUUAGCUGUCAUCAAGAGACUUGAUUAGAGUAUAAUGUGAUCUAUUUCUGGUUUUAUUCAUGCAGUAAUAUCUAAGCCCUACCAGGGGCAAGGACGGUCUAGGCACUGGAGAUACAAUACAGACAAAACAGUCCCAGCAUGUGAGUAUGGGAAUGUGUAAUAGACUGACUUCAGCAGUAAAAUAUGAAACAAAAGGUAUUAUUCUUUCUCAAAAGAAUUCUCAAAAGAGCUAUUCUGUUAUACUUCAUUUAAGAGAUAAACGCUUUAGAGGAUAAGAUCUACAUGUAGAUAGACCUUCUCUGCAAAUUAACGUUGCUCUUUAUAGGCAGAGAGGCCAAGCAGCUCUUGGCGGUAGAGACAGGCAGUCACUUAGGAUGGUCAUUUUAGUAUCCCAUUUAAUGGAACUUGAAAAAACAGAAUAUAACUUAGGUGUAUGUAAGACACCCAAACAAACACCAGUGGCCUGUAUGCUUGAAACAAGACUGUAGGGUAACACCAGAGAUAGGUGGGUGACUGCCAGCCUAUGUGAAUUCCUCCUGAUCACAUCUGUUUUUGAGCACUGCCGGAAGGAGGCACAGCAGCACAGGUCCAACUCCAUUCAGAUGUGCUUUCCUGCUUCCUACCUUUUUUUUUUUUUUUUGGUCAACUUCUUAGAUUCAGUUCCAUGUGUGUUGGCAACUCUAGAUAGGUAAGAAAAGCCUUAUUACUAAGGUUCUUUCCAAAUGUUCACAUAGCUGCUGUUCAAAAGGAUGGAAAGAGAGAAAAUAAGCCAUAUUGAUUUUGUUUCCCUUGUUUUGAUAAUUCAUCGAAGUGAAAAGUUUGAAACCACUGAAUAAAAAGAAUUCCAAUGUAAUUAUGUACCAUGGCAAAUACUGUUAAUGUUUGUGAGAAGACAGUAAUUAGUCUAAACAUGUACUUUUAAUAUUUUGAAUAUAUAUCAAGAAAAAGAAAAAAAUUCAAAUACUUAACUGCAGAUUCCAGUCUGCCCACCUACUUGUCUAACCUCGGAGGCGAUCACUAUCACUGGUUUCUUCUGUAUCCUUGCAGAGAUAAUUCUGUGCAUAUACAGGUAGGUGUUUACUUAAGUAUACCUUUAACACAAAUGGAUGGCAUCAUUACUGCACCCAUAGUUUCAAACCUUUUUCUCACUUAAUUACCUUGGGGAAAUACCUUGCCAGUACAUACCUACACCUGUCUCAUUCAUUGACUAUAGUAUUCCAUUUUUAUAUUACACUUUGCUGUUUACCUGUUCAUUAGUUCAUCAGUUCAUUAGUCUUAACUUUUAUCCUUUAUGUAGCAAGCAGCACAGUGAGAAGUUUUGCUAGCAAAAAAAAAAAAAA